AUGAGUUGUCCGUUUACUGCUGCUGAACUUAGUGACCUCAUUUCAAAGUUGGAGAGCCUGCAGACUUGGCAAGCGCAGCUGGAAAGCAGUGCGAGCUCCCUGCCUACGCCCGGUGGUUAUACCAGGGGAGAUCCAAAAGCCAGGGCAUUGGCAGCUGGAAGUGGAAAGCCAAAGAAUCCUUUUCCGGCCAUUCCUCCAAUUGCUCAGGUGUGGAAGUUGGUAAAGGAGGAGGGCAGUCCCUUUAUUGGGAACACGUCAAUUGAGGUGGAACGAGGACCUGGGUCAGUUCCGGCAUUGGUGGAGGAUCAGGCAUCAUUCAUCUGUGUGGAUCAGAGAGAGGCCUUGCAGAGAGUGCAUCUCUGUUACUCUGCUGGUUUUUGGGCCCGAGUUGCACUUGAAACUUUUGUCAGCCAAAUCUCCCCGCGUGGACUUUCUGAGCCGGCAAAGCACUUCAUUGUGUUGAGAGCCCUUGGACUUGGAGGCUAUAUCCGUUUGUCUGAUCGAGACCAUUUCGAUCGAUUCAAGGAUCAGGUUGGGGAGAGUGGACUUCUGUGUUACUCCUUUGCAACGGAGACAGAGCUUGAGGUCUUCUGCCAGGGAGCGAAGAUUUCUGUCAUUGCAGAAGGUCAGACAGGGUCCGAAGAGGCUCUUUUUGGCCCCAAUUCGUUUUUUGAGGUUGGAUUGGUAGAAGAAACCGAGGACCUCAUGUCAACCAUUGCCCUUGGAAUUCAAGCUCGUGUUUUGGUGAUUGAUGUGCAUGAUGAGGUACUGGCAUUUUGCCGUGAAUACGACCCUGUCACCGACUCCCUUGCUUCAAUAGUUGGUUUUUCCUCCGAUCAUCCGAACAGUUUGCCUGACUGUGCUCAACUGAUGCCCUUAGUGCGUGAAUGGUUGCAGCAGAGAACGGAUGAGAGGUCGGGUUUUUACACUGCUCUAGAGGACCAUGUGAGUCAAAACCCAAAAGCAAACCCUGCCGACAGGGGAACGGUGCCUGCGACAGCCAAAAAGGCCACCGCAGCAAAACGAGUGUCAAAUGCCGUGAUUUCCGAGCAGUUGAAUGCAUUGGCAUCGCAGAUGAAGCUCCUCUCCCAAAGGCAAGAUCGUCUCGAGAAGUCGUCAGGUACUGGUGCCGAACCUGCGCCAGAGCGGCUACUUGGAGCCUCCGCAAAACUCCCACCAGUGUCAGCAGGGCUCCAAAAUCCCAGUGGUCUGUCUCAGACGGUAGCGGCAAAAGCCUUGCAGUUGCUAGGACCCCCGCCAAAGACCAGGGCUCCUGCACCAGCAGAAGGUGCGAUCGGUGUGGGAACAGAAGAGCCGUACGAUGUGCUACAGCCCUCACUAGAGGAUCCAAGCAUAGCAACUGCCCUGGCCCAGCAGAGUACAGCCAUCACAGCUUUGGUAGCUCACCUAGCUUCGCAGACGGGAGAUGCCAUGGGAGAUUUAACGUCCCUCGCUCCUUCUUCGAGUACAACAAAAGGCGUUCAAAGGCGCGAAAGGAUGCAGAAUGCAUUGGCAGACGGGUCAAGCUGUUAUUUUCUUCAGAUGAUGCAGCAGCUCCAUCGGCGUCUUCAUCCUUCCCGCCAGGUUCCACAGACAGAGGCAGACAUGAUGGGUCUGUCAAUGUUGCACUAUCUGGAGAGGCAGGGAGGAUAUCGAGGUCACCGAGAACUUGGUCUGGUUGCCUGGGUGCUGGGACAUGCCAUCGACUCGGCAGCCCAAGGAGACUUCAAGCUCACGAAGGAAAUCCUGGCACUCCUCAUGGUUGCAGUGGAGCAAGCUGUGACGGACCGGGGCGACUGGACCAUGGCAUACAUGUUAACUUUGAUGGAGGAGCCACCUUUGCAGAUGUUCCAGGAGAGAUCAAUGAACGUGUCUCUCCAUGCAAAGCCCUUCGGGCCAUUGGUUCCUCCUCAGUGGACCGCAGUGUGCCUGUCCUAUUUGAAGGACUUGGAGGUGCUGUCGACAAAGAAAACGGAGACGGCCAAGAAAGCAUCCAAAGCCAUUCCUCCUGCAGCAUCGGCCAGCGCCUCAGCAGAACCAGACCAGGAAGCAUCACCCAAGAGGAUGCCCCCAGGUCUGUCUUCCAUCAAGCGAAGGAGAAUUGCCUUUAGACGUGCACUACAUGUGGUGGUCAUGGCACUCAACUUUUGGUGGGCAGGCAGCAGUUUCAUUAGCUUGGAACUUCUGGGGAGGGUUCCCUCACCUUCUCAACGUGGGAUCCUAAAACGGCUUUCGAGCAUGUUGCUGGCUGACGGCCCUUUGGAAACCUUUCAGGCCCUCCGAAGUGGUCGACGUUUUCCUGAGCUUGUGGCCCGCCUGACUGACUUGUCAUGUGUUUUGACAAAGCUUGGUGUUGGUUCCGGCCCUUAUGAAAAGAUAUAUCCUGGUCAUGACGUCCCAAUGGACAACACUCAGUUUAUGGAGCUGGAGCCCUAUAAAGCUCUUGAUGCCUCGCGCCUGCGAGUAGUGGGAUCAGGGUCUUGGGAUGCUACGGAUUUUUUGAGUCCUGAACUGUGCAUGGCCUACAGGUAUCCAGACUCACUCUUGUUUGCACGUGACCUUCAGCAGUUCGAGAUUCCUCAAAGAACAGAUCCUGCUACUGAAGCUGUCAAACUUGCAAAACUGUGGGAUGCUAGGGGCCUGCUCCAUAUCCAUGACAUCGAUCUCCAGACCGAGGACCCAUGGUUUCUCUUAGGGAGUUGGAAGGAACGACUGCUUUGGCGGAAUUUUAUGCUGCCAAGAGACAGAGGAAACCUCCUCGGCAUUUGCACGGCGAUCAGCUUGGCCUAUCCCAAAGGCAACAUUUCACGAGGCUUGGUCAUAGAUGACUAUUUUGCCAUUGCCAGUGUCCCAAAGAGCAUCCUCGUCCCUAGCCCUUCCUUGGAAUGCCUUGCCACUAGCAAAAAAGCCUAUGCGGAGCAUGGUAUCCUAGGUUCUGACGAUAAAGAUGUAGUGGGGGCCCGGAAAGCAAAGAUCAUAGGAGCCUGCCUGAACGCUUCGCCACAGUGUCAAGACAGGGGUCAUGUUUUUGCAUCCGCGCCGGCCGAAAAAAGAUUUUCUCUUGCCUGGGUGACCUUGCAGCUGUGCCAGCUUAGCCACACCACUGACGUGCUUCACCUUUGCCUAGUGGGAGGUUGGACGUCCGCAUUGAUGUUCCGGAGGCCUUUUAUGUCCAUCCUGGAUAGGGUUUUCCACCUUGUUGACAUUAAUGCUUACAAUCCUAGCUCACCUAAGCUUGUUAAGUUGCCCCGGCCUGUUGUGAAUGAGUUGGCCCUUCUGAGUGUCCUAGCGCCCCUGAUGGUUGCCGAUAUUGCAGUAGACUUUGCGGACAAACUGUUUGCAACAGAUGCCUCACUGAACAAAGGGGCUAUUGUUGGCUGCCAUGUUGAAAGGAAGGUCGCUGAGAUCUUGUGGCGUAGCUGUAGAUCAAAGGGGGGCUACUCCAAACUUCUUUCCCCUGGCCAGUCGGUGCUUUCCAGAUGUCUGGACUUUGAAGAAGCUGAGCCCAUGAAAGCAGAGAGCGUACGACGCCCACUGGCCUACCGAUUUGAUUUUGUCGAGGUUUUUGCAGGCGCAGCAACUGUGACCAAAUGCGUUGCUGCCCUGGGGUAUUCAGUUUGCUGCCCCAUUGACAUUUCCUUUGACCCUGAGUUGGAUGUUACCACGAUUCAUGUCAUAGAAUGGCUAAUACAUCUGGUGUCAAACCGUUUAGUUGAAGCCUUCAUGAUAGAGCCUCCCUGCACAACUUUUAGCAUCAUGCGACGUCCAGCACUGAGGUCACGUUUGCAGCCCUUCGGUUUUGAUUUGGAUGAUGAGCAGACCUGCACAGGUACAGUUCUGGCACAUAGGGCUUUGCAGUUGCUGAAGGUUUGCGCGCGUGUAGGGCUCACAGGUAUUUUGGAGAAUCCAUGGACAUCAAAGAUCAAGUUCCUGCCCGCAUGGUUCGCCUUGUUGUGUGACCCUUGCUGUGAGUUGGUGAGGUGUGACUCGUGUUUUUAUGGCUCAGAGCAUUUGAAGUCCUUUGCAUUUCUCUGCGUUUGGGCUGACACCAACCCAAUAGCAGGCAGGUGCACAGGUGAUCAUCAACAUGUCCAAAUUGAAGGUUCGCUGACAAAGAAGUCUGCCACUUAUGUUGAUCGUUUGGCUGAAGCCCUUGCCUCCGUUUUUGCUACAGGAAUUGAAAGACUCCGCAGCUUUGACAACAAUAUCGAUGAGAUUAAAUGUGAGGGUCUGGAGAACCAGCUCAUCAAUGAGGUGAAGGUCUUCUUCUCGGGCUUUGGCCAAGCUGCUUUCUCGUCUUGGAGCACUGUGCAUCAUAGGCACAGCGCAGCGCCCGGCCGCCUCUUCAAGAAGGACACCAUUUUCGUGGGUGGCCUGCGGAAAAGCACCAGCGAGGAUAAGGUGGCUGGACACUUUGCCAAGUUUGGGCAGGUGAAGAACGUGGAGAUCAAAAAACAGCCGGAUGGCACCUCCCGAGGCUUCGCCUUUGUCACCUUUGCCGAGAAGGCAUCUGUGACAAAAGUUCUGGAGGCGCACUCAAGUCACAUGAUUGACAACAAGUGGGUCGACGUGAAGCCACAAGUGGCUGCAGUGCCGAAGGCUGCACGGGAGUCCCGGGACUCCCGGGACGCGCCGGGAACGGGAAACAGAAAGGAGAAGGAAGAG